AUGGCAACCAAUCUGGUCGAAAAACUCCCAGAGUCCGUUUUGCUGAACAUAUUUCAUCACCUUGCUUCUAAAGAUCUAGGGCGCGUAGGAAUGGUGUGUAAAAAUUGGCACAGAAUUGCUUUGGACUAUUCGCUCUGGCAACAUGUGGAUUUACGUGGCCUAAGUCUUUGGAAAGAAAGCAUAAUAUCAUUGAUCGAAAAGAUAUCUCCCUUUGUUUCUGUGAUGAACAUCAGUGGAUGCGGUCUUUCAGUUGCUUUUAUAACUACUUUGGCAGAGAAAUGUGUCAAGUUAAAAACCCUCAGUCUUCAGGGGGCAUAUUUUACAGACUUGGUUUAUAACUUUCGCCUUUGCUGGAAUUCUUUUAAAACCCUUGAAAACCUGGACGUUCGCUUUCUUGAAGGCCUUUGUUCUAACGUUUUCAUAGAACACAUCCAUCUCUUUAGGAAUAUUCAAAGUCUUGGAUUGGCAAAUAUUAAUUCAUCGGGAGAGCUGGAAAGAGUUUUUAUUUCGCUGCGCAAUCUGCGGAUAGUUCAUUUCCAGAAUUGCCCCUCCUUAACAGAUUCUAAUAUAGACACCCUGGCAGGUUCUUGUCCCAAACUAGAAUCACUGUGUCUCACUGGAUGUAUUUACGUCAAGGGGUCCACUUUCCCGCGUCUAUUUGCCGAAUGCAGAAACCUUCAAACUUUACUAAUGAGUUGCACGAGAUUGCAAAAUAGCAACAUUAUGAAAACGGAUUGGAGUAAGGCCAGUCUCACCGAGCUUGACUUUUCAUACUGUUAUGGAAUUGGCGAGAGUGGGCUUAUGGAAAUGCUUCCCAAGUUGACAGAUCUGAGGUAUCUUCAGCUAUCUUUUUGUGGUUGGGGUAGAGCUUUCAGCGACAAUGUUAUAAGCGCCAUGUCACAAAUGAACUACCAACAACUCGAAAUCCUCGAUAUUCACAGCAGCUUCAACAUCACUGGCAAGACAUUGUGCAAGUUCGCCGAAAGGUGUCCUCGUUUAAGAAGUCUUUGUGUUGGAAGCGCAAUCACUUCCUGCGAAGAGCUUAGAUCGUUGUUGAAAAAUUUAAGGAACUUAAAACAUUUUUACAUCACAAAGCAAGCCACAAUCAAAACUGAAACUGUGUUCACCAAUAUCAAAAAAUUUUGUCCGCGCAUUGAAACUCUGGCCCUGUAUGAUUUCUACGCCAUAAACAGGUAUCGCGUCGAAAAUGCUCUUGUUGAGCUCGUGGCAGCUUGCAAGUAUUUGAAGGUUCUUUGCAUUCGAGGAACUAACGUACCAUUGAGAACCGAAUUAGCACAACUCGCUGACAAAGUUAAGACUUGCACAAAACGAAACGAUAUUGAAAUAUCCCGAAGACCUUAUUUUUUGUUGUCUGGAGCUAAGCUCUGUUUAGAUAGUGCCCUCAAAAACUCAACUCAUUUGAAUUAA